UGAUGGCCGAUCUACUUCAAACCCUCACCGAUGCCCAGGCUCGCAUUGCUCAGCUCGGCCUACACGACCACAAUGCCCAUGACGUUCAUGCCCUCUUGGCACAGGCCACCUCCCUCACCCACGCGCUCUCACGAUUGGUCAACGGCCGCGCUCCUAUUGCUUGCCUCCCCAACGAGAUCUUGACCACGAUCAUCACCUACGCCGCCAUCCACGAUGCCAGCAGCCAAAUCCAGCGCCGCACCGUGCGCGCCCUAUCCUCCGUCUCCCAACACUGGCGUGACGUCUGCCUGAGCACACCCGCUCUGUGGACCUUCUUCCGCAUCGACCGGCGCCGGCUCGACCCCGAGCGCCUCGAAGCGCACCUCGCGCGGUCCGUCAACGCGCCACUCCGCAUCGAGCUCAUCCUCAAGCUGCCGAAGACCUCUAACAUAACCAUUAACACCAAACCUCCCUCUUGCGCACACCCCGAUGCCGUCUACCCCCUCCUCGCCCCUCACAGUGCCCGCAUCCAAACCCUCCACCUUGAGACCGUCCACCCCACCGCCCUCCUCGAAUGGCGCGCCACCUGCCUCGCGUACGCCUGCUCCUUCCCCGCUCUCCACUCCCUCACCGUCAACCCCGAGUACGCGCCAGCCAUCUUCGAGCCCUUUUGGGUCAGCGACUCCGACUUGCCUCCAAAUCCUACACCAAGCCCUAUGGCUCUCCCCGCGCUCCGCAGCCUCCGCCUAUAUUCCUAUGUCACCUGGCCGCCCGCACUCUUCACCAACCUCACCGCUCUCGAGCUGCACAUCCACGCGCCCAUGUUCCGCCCCGGGCUCUCCUUCUUGCUCGACGUUUUCGCCCUCAGCCCGGGGCUCGAGCGUAUCCUGCUCGCGGACCACGGGCCCACAGUCGACGACACGGGCCCCAUCGUCGAGGGCUAUCCGAGACGGAGGGUCAGUUUACCCCGCCUGGAGACUCUGGAUCUAUACGACUGCCACACGCGGCUGAUACUCGAGCAUGUCGAAGUGCCCGAGAGCGCCGUAGUACGCUCUGUAGAUCUCGAAGGCCGCGUCGAGCGUGCACUGCUGACCGGCCGCUCCGACAACGUGAACCACCCCAGCGACAUCCUGGGCGACCUUCCCGAGGACGCGAGCGCGCUCGGCCCGCUCGUUGCCGCCCAAUACGCCACCAUAACCUGCGGCAGAGGCAUGGUAGGCGUAGACAUAGGCUCGCCCCAGCAGCAACCCUCCCACGACAGCAGUCGCGACACUCUGAACACAAUCUCCUCUGGUGGCGGUGGCGGCCACAUCUCCAUGGGCGAGACGCGCCCCGCAGACCGGUGGCCCUUCUCCCCGAUCGUGAUGCUCGCGUUCACGGUCAAUAACGUCGCCGCGCACCCGCACUUGCAAAACCUCAAGUCCGUGGUCGUAGGCUUGGAGCGCGGGGCAGAUACUGUUCUCCUUCGAAGGGCGACUACUGCACCUGCUGUUGCGCUCACCAUUGAUCCCGCAUCGUCCGCCACCGAUUCCUCCGAUCCAGCCGCGCCCGUCAGUUCAGCAGAAACUACACAUGAGGAAGGGUCAGCCAAUGCGCCAGUAGUCGACCUAUCCAAUCAGUCAGCAGUAGACCUCCCCACCCUCCUCGCCUACCACCCAGUCGCCACCAUGCUCGAAACCUCCCUCCACGCUCUCCUCGCCGUGCCCCGCCUUCGGAGCUUGGGUACGAGUGGGCUGCCGGUCGACUUUGCUCUAACCGCGGUUGGGAGGAGGGGCUCGAGGUUGCGACAUCUAACGCUGAAGGUGGAUUUGCAGGAGGAAUUGGAAAUGGCUUACGGUGCAGGACAAUGCGGUCUUGAUAUUGAGCCACAGACUGGUAUCGACAAGGAGCACGUAGCGGCGCCAGUGUCCACCGAAUCGGCACAUGUGGCCACCGAAUCGACGGGCGAGCUGAAUACUGUCCAAUCGACGAGCGAGUCAAGGACUGUCGAGCCUCCUCCGCCUGUCGAGCCUCUCCCGCCUGCCUGGCGCUGGCUUGUCCACGUACGCGACUUCGUUGGCGCGCGACUGCAGCCGGACGACAGUGGUAAAGCCCCGCAUCGACUUCGAUCGGUGACGGUGGAGGUCUUGACGGGCUCGAGCUUGCAGCCUUCCGCAAACAUUGACGCACCGUCCCUCCACGCCGCCACCGUCCCUCGCCCCGCCAUCGAGCGCACACUGCGCGAGAUGCACGCGCUGGGGACACGCGGGAUAAUCAAGAUGGUCGAUGGCUCGGGGUGGGAGUUCGAUACCAAAUACCCUGAUGGACGAUGAGGAGGGGCCUUGUGGAAUAGGAACGUAGACUUACAUUGCCAUCUUCUAUAUCACUAGUCGGACAAGCGCAGUGUUCCUCACGCUUGAACGCCUCAUGUCAACUUGACGAUGUUAGCCCUACCUGAAACAGCACAAAGGCGCGGCUUGGAAACCAUAAAUGAAAGGUCUGCAAGGCCG